AUGCAACGAAAGAGCCAAUCUAGGGGAAAGUUGCACGAAAAGAAUGGGUCUUCACGGCUCUCGCAGCUACGACUUUCCAACAUUGCUCUGCAACCCUCAGCAGAGCCACAGCCUAUGCUUCGGAAAAGAGCCGGCACUAGAUCAUCCAAUAUAAUCAAGGGCCGAGAAGAUGACACCAAAAAGAAACUAAAGUCGGACAAUAGUUCAGCAACUAGAGAAAUGGAAUCCGAGUCGCAGACUUCAUCACACGAAGAUUCAAGCGCCACGGCAGCCGAGUUAUCCGCAUUAUUUUUGGAUACAAGACAUAUCUUGCAAGCCGACUUUAAUGUUGUCAAUGCCCUACCCAGUAAAGACAUCCCUGCUAACAACUCAAAUAACCAAACAUUGGUACGCAGAAUCUCAAGAAGCACAAUUACAAGAGCGGAAAAAGUGAAAUUUAUGAUUGGUGCCAAAUAUCUUUACAUGCAACGAAUCAACGAGUGGUCCGAAGCCAAUGGCUCAAAUAACCAACACGUGGGAGUAGAAGGCGUAUAUAAUCCCUUACAGAUUCUUCGAAACAGGAAAAUACGUGCAAAAUACAAUGAGUACCCAAAACCGUUAUAUGCCAAAACCAUCCCCCUAGCAUGCAAUGUUUUUAGUCGGCAUAAUGAUCCUGCCCAAUAUCAGCAGCAGCAGCAGCAGCACCAUACGCACCGUCUACAUCACCAUCAUCACCAUCAUCAUCAUCGCAGAGAAUGGAGAAUGGUGUGGGCAAUAGAAUUGCAAGAGCUUAUUGGUGACUCUAGGUGGAGGGUAACACAUUGGCACGAAUUGAAAGACCCACAUGGAAAAUUAUGGUUUCCACCAAAGUACGACUCUACAGACGAUGAGCAGCAGCAGCAACAACAACAACAACAACUGUUGACCAAAAAGAAUAAAAAACACAGGUUCAGACAAAGGUUACAUGAUAAAUUGUUUGAAACGUCCGAUGAAGAUGAAUCACAUCACAACCGUAGCACUAGGACCCAGGAUUUGACUGCUUCUGAGAGUCGCAAUGAACUGCCGAGAAGAUUCUCACAUGAACAACCGCUUGCAUCAGAUGGUGAGAUAAAUAAUCUAACAAUUACAAGGUCGAGAUCACCACCAAAACGAGGUUUGCGUUCGAGGGUGAAAAAAUUUUACCAAGGCGAGUCCUCAUCAUCAACGAAUUUGUUGAGCCAUUUUAAAAGUAAAGACGAUAGUGCUCAUGACAUGGACUCAGCGCAAUUGGCAGAGGCAACCAUACAUACACCGACACCAGAUGCUGAGGAUAUUGCAGCUGCAUCUGUAGACGAUUUACAGCAGGAGGAUUCGACAACCAUACCCGUGAAUAGAAUGGUUGCUCCCGAAAUUCGAAUUGAAGAAUCUUCACCCGACCCUAAUGUAUUCCAUGUACAAGACGUCCAGUUCCAACCUUCUCGUAAAGGAGAUGUCGAGAACCAAGAUGAUUCCAUUUCUACCGCCGUGCCUCAAUCUCUAGCAAAUAAUAGCUCUGAAGAUUUAAACAACUACACUGAAAUUCAAGACCAGCAAGAACAGGAGCUCGCAAAGCUUUACAAUUACUUGACGUUUUUUGGCCAAUGCUGCACCAACAGAACAGAGUACUUAUUAACUGUAUAUCCUGCAUACUUACAACGACUUCAUGACCAAAUAAACACCUUAACAUCAGACUCGAUACAGACUCUACUAGAGCAAAUGGCUAGUAUUAAUGAUGAUGAUUUACCUGCUUACGAGAACCUAUACAUGGGUUUCUUGGAGGAAACCAAAUCUAUCUUGCACAUGGCUAAUGAAAAUCACUCGAUUAGAAUUGAUACUUUAUUAAGUACAAGUGACCGAUGUAUAUCAGAGAUCAAUGCAUCUUUAUCGCUAGACCUAAGGAAAACGUGCGAAAGGUUAGAAGCAUUAGAUGGCUCCUUGUUUAAUCGAAGAAUGAAAACAGAUAUCAUUCACGGGGAAGCUAAUGUCAACAAAUUCUUGUACCUCGUCCUUGAAAAUUUAAUUGUCAUUUUGUUGAAAUUUGUGUGGAUAGUAGUGAACAUUUAUAAAGGGUCUGCAUUUUUUUUCCGCCAAAUCUGGAGAGCAAUUCGAUUAUUUAUAUAG